AUGGCAAUUGAGACUAUUCUAAUCAUCAACAAAUCUGGUGGGUUAAUCUACCAGAGAAACUUUUCAGAGAGUUUUGCUUCCAAACUAAAUAGUAAUGACUUCCUAAUAAUAGCGAGUACGAUACAUAGUGUAUUUGCAAUAACUAGCCAAAUAACACCUAAGGCCUUACAGAUAACACAAAACAAUGUUGAUUAUGUAAUACCUUAUAUUCCAAUGGUUGGGAUGGAAAGUAGCAAUCCUCAACAGACCAGAAACGCUAAUGUUCCAGUCAAGCUCGGUAGUUAUAAAGGUCCUGAUUUCUUUAAAGAACCAUUUAUUAGUUGGAAUAAAAGUGGACUAAGACAGUUGAGUACUGAUCAAUUCACUAUGUAUAUAUAUCAAACAAUGACAGGAUUAAAAUUUGUCGCAUUAAGUUCGAAUGUUCUUUCCACCAAUGCUGGUACAAUGAACGGAAGUAUCGAUAAGACUAAGGCGGUAAAUGUUGCUAGUCAGGUUGCUGAUAACUUCCUAAGAAAGAUAUACUGUCUAUACGGUGAUUACGUUAUGAAAGAUCCAUUUUAUUCAAUGGAAAUGCCUAUUAAGUCAGAAUUAUUUGAUAAAGCUGUGAAAAGAAUGGUCAAUAACUUGCUAUGA